AAUAUAAUGUUCACUGUAACUUUCUGUCUUUUGAAGAAGAUUAUCAAUACACUUAUAAUAAACCUACUCUUCUCAUUAAAUACUGUGUUUAAUGUGCGUAAUGUUUCUCAGUUGAAUAAUUCACUUGAAUUCCCGUGGCAGUUGUAAUUAUUGUAAUGUGAUUAGAUAUAUUUUGCCCUUUUUAACAAUUGAUGUGUAGCAUUGGCAUUUUUUUCCUCACCUUUUUAGGUGGCUGUCUGACAUUCAUCUUUGGGGAAUAAGCUUGUCUUCUAAUGUAAGAUGUCUUAAAAUUAUGAAUGAGAGGAAGCCCAGAUCAUAUUCAUAUUCAACUAGCACUGUUGGGUUUGUGUUGAUUUGAAAAAAAGACAGUAUUUGUAGAGAAAAAUAAGAAUUUUUAUUUAUCAACUUCUGAUUGUAUUAUCUGUCUUUAUGAUCUGCAAACUUUUUUAAAAGGUAAUUUUUGUAUUUGUGUUUGGCCCUAAAUUAGUACUAAACCCUUUUGUAUCUGAUUGUAUUUUUUUUUUAUUACUCUAAUUGAGAAAAAUAAUGCAAUAAUAAGUGUUCAUUGUUUCUAGUUUUAGAUUCGGUGAACUAUUAAGAAUAACAAAUGUGAAGAGUGCUUAAAAACAAUGCCUAUGCUAAAUAUAUCAAUAUGGCACAAAUAAAAUAUAUCAAUGUGGCACACUUUUUAUUCAUUUAAAAUAGCAAAAAUCUUGAAGAAUAAUUAAAAUUCUACAGAUGUUAAACUGUUAGAAAAGCAAGAAUAAAUUGCAAUAACAAAGAUUUAAGUUAGGACUUUCUAUUUGGGGUUUUUUUUGUUCAUUCUAUGGUGUCAUCUUCAGUUGUCUUUCACCCUUCUGCUUAUCUUUUAAAGUCCUCUGAUUUUUCUGAUCAAAGUGAAACUGCUGCUGACUAUUUUAGUCGUUCCAACCGCAGGGGAAGCAUUGUUUCUGAUACAGAUGAUGGCCAAGGCCUGAAUAGUCUGGAAGAAAAGAGUGAAAAAUCACAUUCAGAAAUAUUUUCAAGGCCCUCAUCUCGCAAUUCAAUAAGUGUAACUCCUCUGAGUGGCAACUCGUCUAGAAGAGGAAGUGGAGAUGGAAGCAUUUUGGUGGAUCCUGAUGCCUCCCUCAGUGAAUUACGGGAUAUCUAUGAUCUUAAGGACCAGAUACACGAUGUAGAAGGGAGAUACAUGCAGGGACUUAAAGAACUAAAGGAUUCGCUAGCUGAAGUAGAAGAGAAGUACAAGAAAGCUAUGGUUUCCAAUGCUCAACUAGACAAUGAGAAAAACAACUUGGUUUACCAAGUGGAUACUUUAAAGGACGUUAUUGAGGAAAAAGAAGAACAGAUAGCAGAGUUCUAUAGGGAGAAUGAAGAGAAGUCAAAGGAAUUGGAAAGACAGAAACACACCUGCAAUGUUCUGCAGCAUAAGCUGGAUGAACUAAAAGAGGGCCUUCGACAGAGAGAUGAACUGAUAGAGGAGAACCAACGUAUGCAGGAGAAUAUAGACUCCAUAACCAAAGAGGUGUUUGAUCUCCAGGAGACAAUUAAUUGGAAAGAUAAAAAAAUAGGGGCCCUAGAAAGACAGAAAGAUUACUUUGACUGCAUUAAGAAUGAGCGAGAUGAGCUCAGAGAGGAGUUGGCUGACCUGAAGGAAACAAUGAAGAGAGGAGAGAAACAUGGAUUAGUUAUAAUUCCAGAUGGCACACCAAAUGGUGAUGUAAACCAUGAAUCGGUGGUUGGUGCAAUAACAGUUGUAUCACAAGAAGCUGCUCAAGUCCUGGAAUCUGCAGGAGAAGGACCACUGGAUAUCAGGCUACGAAAACUGGCUGGAGAAAAGGAGGAAUUAUUGUCCCAGGUUAGAAAACUGAAGAUGCAGUUAGAAGAAGAACGACAGAAGUAUUCUAAAAGUGAUGGCAUGAAUCCAGAUAUCAUAGGCUUAGAGAAUGGUUCUGACUUGCAGCUAAUUGAAUUGCAAAGAGAUGCCAACAGACAAAUUAGUGAAUACAAAUUUAAGCUUUCAAAAGCUGAACAAGAUAUAACUACUUUGGAACAAAAUAUUGGACGACUUGAGGGGCAGGUUGCAAGGUAUAAAAAUGCAGCAGAAAAUGCAGAAAAAGUAGAAGACGAACUCAAAGCUGAAAAGAGGAAGCUUCAGCGAGAGUUAAGAACAGCACUGGAUAAGAUAGAAGAGAUGGAGAUGACCAAUAGCCAUUUAAUGAAAAGGCUGGAGAAGAUGAAGGCAAAUAGGACUGCGCUUUUAUCUCAACAGUGAAGUUGGAAAUUGAAAAUACAAUGCACUGCGCCUUGAAAACUAGCCCCUAGGUUGUUUAUAAAUACAGACUUUCAUUGGCACAAACUAUUUAAACACUGAGCUGUUCACUGAUGGUUUAGUUUCAUAAUUAAAUUACAUACUUUUUGUAACUUAUGAGAGAAAGAAAGGUAGUUUGAAUUCCUAUGUGAAUUACAGCAAUUUUUCAGUAGCAUUUGAUUCUAGAGUCAAAGAUGGAGCACAAUGCUGUAUGUUUGACUUAGUGAUAGAAAAUAUUUUUACAACUGUGGAAUCAAGUUUACUCACGAUCUCCCUUGGCUGCUUUAAUGAUGCUUGAUGCUCAGAGACAGCUGCAUGAAUUCAAGAAGACACUGUAUAACUGUACUACAAAACUAACAUGUAUUUGCUUGACAUCACACAGCACAAGUGCCUUUUAUCCGGUGCAAUUUAGACUUCAUUGUUGAAAUAGCCUUUGAAAACAGAUAGCAUUUUAUUUUAAGAUACAUUUGGGGUAUUCACUAAACUUUAUACAUUUUGAAAAUACAUUUUUGUAAAAUAUUUAAAUUUGUAAGAAAAAAAUAGGGACUGUAUAUAAAAAUCUGCUUUUUUUGCAUGGGCACAUCUGAGUUCUAGGUAAUUUUGUCAAAUAAUAGCCCCUAAUACUCUUAGUAUUAAGAGUGCAGAUUUAAAAGCUUAUGUUGUGCACCAUCAAAUUAUAUGUCAUCUGCUUAAGUGUGAAUUGAAAUUUUAUGGUGGGAGGAAGGGGGUGGGAAAUGUGGCUAAGGAAUUUAUUAAAUGGACACUUUACUGACCAAAA